CGAGUCUUUCCUUAUUCGUCAUUGUCAUCCCUCCUUCUCCAUGUCGGAGUUCGAGCCCAAGCCUACAUUAGAAAAAACAACGAAAUGGGGUCUACAGAGUGCGGUCAUCGGAUUGGUAUAUAGCACUCUUCAGAACGCUCUCGGACAACAUUCACAUGGUGCAGCUGGUGUUUUUACGCGGACAGGAGGGACUAUAACGUUCUUUGCUGCCAUGGGUGCGACAUUUGCCUUCACGGAAGCAACAGUCGCCAACCAGCGUCGCAAGGAUGACGCACUCAAUUCCGUAGCUGGUGGAUGUGCUGCAGGAUUUUUGGCUGGUAUUCGAUCUCGUUCAUUACCCGCUGCUGUUGGCGGAUGCGCGUUUCUAGGAGCGACCACGGGCCUCUUCGACAGAGCAGGUCAGUUCACAGGAGAUUCGGGGUGGUAUAGCGAAGAAAGCCGUAGCAAAUUCUUAAAAAAGCCUCUCGACCUUUCAACUACAUCCGAUUCGGAAUGAAUACUUUAUUUGUCGCAACGCAGAGGUCUCCGCUCAGCCGACUGAGAAUGGCUAUUGCGACCUGGACGCUUUCCAAGGCAUUACUGCGUCGAUGUUGGUCGGCAACUACGUCUUGAUACAACAACUCAAUACCAGUCCACCCUUCUUUGUCCACGCGCGUCUGUUUUGUUGUAGUGAGAUUUGAAUUACACGAUUACUGUCAUCCCGAUUUCUUUUCGGCGAUAUUCCCUUCUUUGAGUUGGUAUUUCUGUCGAAAGACAUUAGGUUCAGGUCGGCAGAGACAGGAGUCGGAAUCCCGAGGGUGCAUCUAUAAAAGGAAAGC